UAGUGAAUGCAGGGUCCUGGGAGACCAGAUAUAGUGAAUGCAGGGUCCGGGGAGACCAGAUAUAGUGAAUGCAGGGUCCUGGGAGACCAGAUAUAGUGAAUGCAGGGUCCUGGGAGACCAGAUAUAGUGAAUGCAGGGUCCGGGGAGACCAGAUAUAUAGUGAAUGCAUGCAGGGUCCUCGGAGACCAGAUAUAAACAAAUCCAGUUGAAUGUAUCCAACUACUAAUAGCUAUGCCAUGGCCUGGAUAAAUGCGAACCUUCACAGAU